CUUUCACAGUCAACUUCAUGUCAGUCACCUUAACGACCAUGCACGCUCACUUCACCCUGGCGGCGGCAGCCUUAACCUUGAUCGGAGCUGAGGCCCAACCAAUUGGUCUGCGCCCUCCAUGCGAACGCGGCUUGCUUCUUGAGAUGGCAGGAAAGGGUAUUUGGUCCCGAUGUGCCGACAAGACUGGCCUGGAUAUCAAUGAUGUGGACAAAGCGAACGAAGCCACCUUGUGCAGCGUCCCUGAGUGCGUCUACGUUUUGCACAAGGCCGCCGUCUUGACAACUUGUGACGACGCAGCGUUGUUCGCACAGCUGUGUACUGCAAACGCGACCGAACCCAUGCCCACAACUAGUCGCGUCACCCCCACUACAAAUACGAUUCUGCCCACCACCUCAUCAACGCCAACUACUCAAUCAACCCCAAGCAGCACCUCGACGCAGGUGACAUCCGCUCCGCAAGUCACGUCCGCAGGCCUAUCGCUCGUGGGGGUAUCGUUGCCCGCAGCUAUCAUCCUCACAGUGGCAUGUUUAUAACAUACUACGUAAUACAUACUUCGAAGUACAUACCAA